AUGGAGCAAAGCGAAAAACCACUCGUCCCCUUGUUCCUGAACAUUAGGAGGGAAUGGACUCUGACUCAUUGGGAAAUGUAUUUCUUGGAUUGGCCAUACAAAGAAACAGAUAACGAAGAAAAUAGCGUGAAAAAUGUUCAUAACAGGUAUACGGAAACGCAACUAGAGUACCUUAGGAAGAAAAAGCGAAUCACGGCGUACUGUAAGAUUCCUGUGAUUGAAGAUAGGGUCGAUUAUUACACGUAUAAACGCGAUUUUAAAGUUAAUGAAGAAGAAGACUCUGAAGAAUCGGAGGAGGAAGAGGAAUCAAUAAAAAAAGCCUCAAAAACCAAGCGAAUUUCCAACUGGGUUAAGGCAGUGAGCAAGAGCGCUAACAUUGGUAACAGUAGCUGCCCGAGUCCAAGAACUACAUCUCCGCCAAAAGGACCAAAUGAAGUUUCUAUGAUCAAUUCAGGAAAUCAUAGUCGAAAUGGAAGUGAUUCUUCACUUAAUAAAGCAGCAUUGAAACAUGGGCCAAGUGAACCAUGUCAACUUGGCUCGAAUUGGAAACUGCAAAGAAAACAAAAAAUAAAACAAAUGCGAUUAAAAGCAAUGAAUAAAAAAUCGGCUGAGAAAGCACUUGCAAUCUUGCAGGGGCCAAAUCCAGUGGAGCUCGACUGGAUUUGGAAACCUCUACUCUAA